UCCGGAAAAAAAAAAAAGAACAUCGCUCGACCCGCAACGUUCGGCCUCUCUUCCGCCCCGCCAUUAGUCUUGUGUUCUCGCGUACAUUCUCUCAGACGACGACGUUGUCGUCGUAGUAGUUAUUGUCGUCGUCAUUUUUGUCUUCGGACGACGCCACGACGAGUCGUCUUCCUCCGAAAGGGAAAGGACCGUUAUGUCGACGCGCGCCUAUGGGUGUCCGCCUAUAGGCCGCCGUCGCCGUGUCCCGGUCGAUACGAAGGGACCCGACGAGACUCGGCCCGUCCGUGGCGCUGAUUUCCGAGGAGGGGAGAAGGGGGAACGCAACCCCGAGGCCCCGAUCGCGAGACGACGCCGCCGCCGUCGCGAUGUCGCGUCCCAUACCGUUCCGGGAGACGGUGUGUUAAAGGAGCACAGGCUCGGGCAUCAGUGAACGUCGCGCCCUCCCACCUUCCUCGGGCGGACAGCUCAGCUUUAGGACUUGAGAUUCGCCCUCGGGGUUCAGGUUCAGGGUCAGGUUCAGAUCAGCGGCGGCCCCGGUGGCCAGGACGGUGUCUCUCGCUCUACCCCCCCGCACGGGGACAACGUGGACGCGGCAGUGUUGCGAGGAGAAUCGGGCGUGUGCACCCGUUUAAAGGGCGGGGGAAGGAAGGGGAGGGGGCGACAGGGUUGCUCUCGAGCGGAGUGAUGUUUUUGACACCUGAGUAACAGCUGAGUAAGUUACGUCGAGAGAGGCGUGAUGUUAUCGGGCGACGCGGAGCGUUAAUCCCUUUGAGAAACAUCAAGAUUUCUCCGAGAGUUGCGGAACUGGUUGCGCGUUAGUUAGGAACUGGACAAUGCCAUGCGUCUGUGUGGCAUAGCGAUUUGGAUCGCGCGUGCCCUACGCUCGCGGACCUACGAGAUUGUUAAUGGUGUUUCCCCGAAUUGAUUGCUUUGGAAAAUUGCGGAGAACAAUAACGACAAGCAACGCGCAUCACCGAGCCUGAUGUCCCGAUAGAGUUUGAUUUGGGUGAAAGUCAGCGUCGCAGAAUGGUGGUGGACUACUGCUUGUCGAUUCAGGCCUCAGCAACUGCAGUAAGAAAGCAGGAGCGAAGGUUAGGUGCCACGGUGAGUGCAAAGAUGCAACCCAACAGCGGUGGAGGAUGUGGAAUGACACCUAAAGAGCUCUCUGACAAUGACGACUUGGCUACAUCCCUCGUACUGGAUCCCUACUUAGGAUUUACCACCCAUAAGAUGAAUAUCAGGUAUAGGCCAUUAAAGGCGAACAAAGAAGAGCUUCGAAAGAUCAUCUGUGAAUUUAUCCAAAGUCAAAAUUAUGAGAAAACAUAUAAGAAAUUGAUGGGUGGUGACUGGGGUGCACGACUUCCCCACACAAAGUCCAAACAACAGCAAAUUAAUCUGGAGAAUCAUAUCAAACGAUACCUGCGAGUUUUCGAUAAAGAUUCUGGCUUUGCCAUAGAGCCAUGCUAUAGAUACAGCCUAGAGGGACAAAAGGGUGCUAAGAUAUGUGCCACCCGAAAAUGGAUGAAGCACGAUAAAAUUUCCUGCCUUGUUGGCUGUAUAGCGGAACUUAGUGAAAAGGAGGAAGCUGCGUUGCUACAUCCUGGAAAAAAUGACUUUUCUGUGAUGUUUAGUUGUCGAAAGAAUUGCGCCCAAUUAUGGUUGGGACCAGCAGCAUACAUAAACCAUGACUGUAGAGCAAAUUGCAAGUUUGUGGCGACGGGAAGAGACACUGCAUGCGUUAAGGUGUUGCGCGACAUUGAGGUGGGAGAGGAAAUUACCUGUUUUUACGGGGAGGAUUUCUUCGGCGAUAGCAACUGUUAUUGCGAGUGCGAGACCUGCGAGAGGCGAGGAACCGGUGCUUUCGCGAGCCAGAAACCCGGCGAGGAGAUUUCGUCAGGUUAUCGUUUGAGGGAAACGGACAAUCGAAUCAAUCGAACUAAACAUCGACAGCAGCCAUUGAACAGGAAUAAGCAACAAGCCGAUACUGCUCUCACUGAACGAAACGCGGUUUUGGUCGGGAAUGCAGCGGUCGCACCGCAAUCACUCAGCAUGAAGGAGUUGCGACGCAAAGGGCUCACCAAGUAUGAUGCUGAGCUGCUGAUCGCGCAAGGCUGUCGUUUCUCGGAUCUCAGCCAGCAGCAGCCGACGAUUAACAACGGCGAGAAUGUGCUGCAAACUCGAGCGCAUCCCUCCGUGAUCGCGACUUCCGUCACGAGGAGUCUCCGUAAUAAGCAAAUGUGUAAAUUUGACGGCAGUUCCGGUGACGGAAGUGUCAUCAAGAAUACUCAAUCACUCAGAGCGUCCAGAUUGCAUAAGAGAACAGAGUCGAAGAAAGGGAAAGUCAGCAUAAAAUCUGCAUCGUCCUGUCUCAGCAAUCCUAUUGCAAAAGAUAUGGAAGUGACGGAUAUCAGUCAUCGGAAGGAGGAUUCCGAUAGAGUACCGGUACACAAGGAGAAUUUGUAUUCGCGGCUGCAAAAACAUCAUCUGCCGAAUGCGUCGGAGGUGGACCGUGGUUUCUGCGUGGAACAACCACGGCAGCGUACCGUGAUGGGGGAAUCAAACGAGGACACCUGUCCGUUGCGACUGAUGAAGGUGGAAGAUUCCGGUGAAUCGAACGGUGAUGGCGAUUUGAUGGAGGACGAACGGGGAAUACCGAAUCUCACUGCGGAAGUCGAUCCCGAGACAGUAGAUAACAUUAAUUCUUCCAGUUACAAAAAGGGACAUUAUAGUACAAACGCCUGUGAUUCAAUCCGAUUAAGUUCCAUGUCUCAAACUCACGUACAACAACGUUUACAUACCGUAGAAUCGAUUCCCGAGAAUACAAACUAUCGUUCGAGGGAGUACCAUCAUUCUUCAUCGCCCGUUCGGCAUAAGGAAGGCGCGAAUGAUCUUGAUGACGCGGCUGAGCAGGCGAAUAGCAUUAACAAACGUUCCAAAUCCCAUGGCAAGCGACUUUCCUUGAUGGAUGAGCGAGAUGAUCGCAAGACGCCAAAUGAGGAAUCGUCUUACGAGUUUGAAGAUGAUGAUUCGCCGCCGCCGUCGAUCGAGGAAAAGAAAAGGUUGACGUUGCAGACUGAUUUCCGAGAGAGUGACAUUUUACAUGAGAUGAGCUCUCGGUCGGAUGAUGAAUGUUGCAACGAUUUAAACUCCGCGAAAGUAAUCGUGGUGCGGAAGUACGAUAUAGAAAAGGAAGUGGAGAGUGAAGGCUGCGAGAGCCCUAUCGCUGUCGAUGCGUUGGCGGCAAGUCGCUCAGAUAGUGUAGAGUUUUGUAGAUUGAAUUCUGAAGAAGUUGUAGAGACAGAAACUGAUACCGAAAACGUUUUAAAAUGUUAUAAUACAGUUUUGAGUCAGGAGGAAGAAGAAAGCAUCGUAACGAAAAGUGACGCGUAUGCCACGAGCGUCGAAUCUGACGUCAGAUCCGGAAUGGCAAUGUUAUGCGCGACGAAAGUGGACUCCAGAAUAAAUAUUACGGAAGGAAAUGACGCGACGGUCUUUAGUAAUGUACAGAUUACAAAUUAUAAUAGCGAUAUAAUCGGCCAUACGAAUUCGGAGAAUUCUCCCGAUAACCUUGCUUUAAAGAGAUCGACAUCCAGACGGAAAAAUUACGAUUUAGACGCGUGCUUGAAGUCGUCUCGCAAGUUACAAAAAAGACUUUCGAGCGCCAAGUCCAAGUUCGAGAUUUUGACGGAAGGUGUUAAGGACGAUUCAAAGAGUCAUGGCAAGAGGAAGAGCAAGAAUAAAUCUACCAAGAGUCAGAGAAGAGAUCGGCAGAGAUCGGAGACGGCCGAGAUAGGGGAGGCCGACGACGAUUCAGGUAUCCAGGGCGAUAUCUACGAAUUUAGUGAGAAGGAGAGCAAUUUGGAAGAUAUUGGUACACUGAUAAGACGUGGUAAACAUGAAUCACGUCACGCAUCUUCCUCGUCGAUAGCGGUAUCACCGGUGCAGGAGAUGCAAUGCAAUGACGAGUACAAUAAAGCUGAGCCGCCGGUGCUGGUCCCAGAGGAACCGUGGCCUCCAACCGUGGCUCAGAGCGAAUCUGACGCGGGAUCCAAUAAUGGUGUUCAGUCGGGAAGAAACUGUGAUGUCGAAGGAAACUUGGAGCGAUUGACAGCUUAUGAGAACAACAGCAGCAUGCGAAAAUCGAGCACAAUCGAGUGCCAAUGGCGGACGAGUAAUUCGAAUAAUUGUCGAGUUUGUCCUGUCACACCGGAGAGAACCGGUGGUCCUCUGAAGCUGACCUUGCGCGUGAAGCGAUCGCCAGUGUUGGACGAUAUCGUCGAGUCUGGCACUAGCGGCCUGAGUGAGGACAGCUACGAACCAGAGUACGAGGUGCUGCGCGUCGAGGGAUUGGAAAGACGCAAACGCCGAAAGAAACACAAGAGCAGGGACCGCGAGAGACGGCAUAAAAAGUCGCGCGAAUUGAACCUGGACCCGCCGCCACCGCCCAUGAAAAGAUUACGCUUGAUUCUCGGCAACGAGACACGCACUAUCGAUUUAACGCACUCUUAACAGCUAUAAUUUCAUCUGCCUCCGCUCCUUCGACUUGUUAUCCUUUCCCCCUCAUUAUCAUGACGCGCGUGUAAUAUCAAUUUCAUUAUGAUACAUAUAGACAAUCUUUUUAAUUAAUAUAAUUAAAAAUAAAAAAUCAUCCAGGAAGAUAGGCCUCCUCGUCCUACGACAUGUGACAGCGAGUUCAUAUCGAACUUGAAGAUACAUUUCACAGAUUAAACUUGAUUUAGUGGUAUGGAACUAGCAUUUCUACAUUUUCUCCUUACCUUUUUCAUUCUCUCUUUCAUCUCUCUUUCUCUCUAUCUUUCUUGUAGUUCCCCUUAUUUAAAUCUUUUAGUAGUAUAUAUGCCAUUCUUAUAAUAACAACGAAUCUCUGAGGGCCUAUCGAGAUAUAAGCGAGAAAACACGUAGGUGGAAAAAGUUUUAGAUCGCGCACGUACAUGUUUCUCCUAUGUAGAGUUAAAUAUCACGUACAAAUCAGAACCAUAGUACGUGAAUACUUAAUUUAUUCAAGCCUCGUACAGUUCCAUAGAGAUUAAUGAAGUGCUCUAGCGUAGACUAAAGAUAUAAUUUCACUUGAUAAUUCAAUUGGAGCCAAAUGGAGUAUAAUUUUUCUAAAUUUUUGCCAUCCUUAAUAAAAGAUGUAUCAGAUUAUGUGUUAUUUUCAAAAAAUCUCUUUUUAUACUUGUUUUUUACGGUUAAUCGUUUCUGGACAAACUAUCGUUUAUACAACAGAUUAUACCGAUCUUGUACUUCAUGAGAUAAGCGUAUUCAAAUUAAAUUUUAUAAAUUGUAUCUCAAUUUCGUAAACAAAUUAGUUGCUACUUUCAGUGGUAUUCCGAAACGGAGAAGGAGGACGAAGGAGGAGGAUCCCUAUACUUAUACUAUGUAUAAUAAUAAUAAUAAUAAUCUAAUUGAUUAAAAAAGAUUUAGCUGAAUAUUAGUUAGCACUUAUAAUCGCUAUUCUCGAACGAAGGGUCAAAAAUAUCAUGGAGAACCUUGUAAAUAUUGCUUAUACAUAUAUUAUAAGUUUAUAUAUAUUAACGUAUAAAUAAAUAUACAGAUAUAUUCUGUAUUUCGGUGUAUUACAAUGUCUUUCAAUGCGAAUUGCAAGCAGGCAUCGCAUUGCAUAUACCAUUGUAUACAGAAAUACACCGGUCACACGAUACUAGUAGUAACAAAAUAUUAUAAGAAAGAAAUUUCAUUCGCAACAAUGUUUUUGUUAUACUAUGCGCUGUUAGAAUAUCAGAACACAUUGUCUACGUUGUAAACGAGGGGAUGAAACGCGCCCUUGCGCGUAAGAGAUCAUUUGUUCCACAUCGCUUCUGUUCACGGAUAAAACUACGUGAGAAUUGGAAGCAAAAUUUGCGUUCUCAAAAUUUUUUUCGAUAUAAAAUUGGAAUACAAUUUCAUUCUGCAUUAAAUAAAUUACCGAAUAUUUUUUCAAAUUCAAUAACGAAAAAAAAUGCGAAAUGCGAGUUUUGCUUCAAUCAAGUUGGAAAGAAAGUAAUAUCGCGUUAUUUCAAAAUUUACAAUAACGAGAUCAUUUUUUAAAUUAAUCCAGUCAAAAUUAAUUUCCGGUGAUUAAGAAAAUUAUUAAAUAAUAUUGAAGCAAAACUGUAUUACUUUAUUUCCAAUCUGGCAUCUAAUUUCUUACAUUGUUGCAACACUUAUUUGAUAAAAAUUGAAAUUUUAAAAAUCUGAAAUGUGAUAUUGCAAUUCGGAAGGUGUCCCAUGAAGUAAAAAAGUUAUGCGACACAUACGCGAUACAUACGCAACACUUGUCCAUUACACGCUAAGAUUUAGUUAAAAUAUUUUUAUUUGACGAAUGGGCCGCUACUAUACGCCGAUCAUUUGGUAUUUUUAAUAUAUAAAUUAUAUACACCUAAUUAACAAAUACAAGAGAAAAUUCUCGUUAUGUAUCGAGCUAUAGAGAAUCGCGAGAACCGACUUUCCAUUGUGUUAUAUAGCAAUGAAAAACUACUGUAAAAAAUACAAUAGGUAUUGUGCGGUUUAUUGAUUUUUUCAGAGAAAAUUGCUUGAGCGCACACAGAGCGCAACAGAGUUGCAGAACAUUUGUAUAUUGAUUGUACAUUGAAUUGUACAUUUAAUGAUAAUUGAUUAAUCGGACGAAAAUGAUGAAAGUGUGGGAUAAUUAAAAUUAAUUUUAAUUAAUAUUAAUUUAAUUAACUUCUAAAUUGUUGCUUUCUUAAUUAAUGUUUAUUGUUUUACCAAAUUUCUGAAUGCAUCCUCGCCAAAUUGAGCUCUCUUUUUCUCACAACAAAGAGAGAAGGCACUGUACAAUUGUGAUAUACCUAGAUUCUAGAAAACAGAUAUUAAUCUUAUUCUUUUCUCUACACAUUUUAUAUAACAUAUCUAGAGAAUAAGUUUUAAAAAAAUUUAAAAAAUCUGCUAAGUCAUGUUUUUUUUAAUGGAUAACAUUUAGAAUCGAUUGCACCAUAGCGUUAAUUAAUAACUAAUGAUUGCUUAGCUUAUUUCAGGUUUAAUUCUAUCGAAAAAUUAUAGAGAGAAACUUUGAAAUAGAAAAUAAAAUCAUGGAGCAUUAUAUGACAAUUGAUAAGAUAUUAAUUAUUAAUAACAAAAGGUGCAUUGAUUAAUUAAUAAUUAACAAUCAAUUGACUAUAAAAUCGUCACUAAAUUGAUAUAAUGAAUAGAAGAAAAUGUUUUCCUAGACUUUAAUUUUUGAUUACAAUAAUUAUUUGUAUUAUAUGUAAUUGAUUCCUAUCUUAUUAAAACAAAAGAAAAAUUACACUCUGUUUUUAAUAUUAUUUCAAGAUUACUUAAAACUAAAAGGGCUGAAGAUACGUAACACGAAUUUAUAAAUGAAUAUAUGUAAAUACUAUCUAAUUUGACAAUUGUUUCCUAGCACAGCUUCACCGUGUAAUCGUAAUGUUCCUUUGUUAAUGCUGCGUGAUCGUAGCGGCCCAUUUCGAGACAUUUCAUACGAGAUGCGAACGAGGGACGCUUUUCCCUCUUACUCGCCAUUUGCAUGCGAUUGUGGUACGAGUCAUUACGCGAUCGACUCGAAGCAGUUUUUUUUUUAACAAGGGAAGAAAAAGAUUGAUGAAAAAAAGGGAACGGGCAUUCCGGGUAUACGGGAAGAAAAUUUUUCGAAGCGCUUUUUUUAUUCGCAACAAAAGUUUUACAUCGCAACAUUUAUUUCUCGAACCACAGCGAUACAUCAUUUUCUUUGUGUUCUUUUUCCUUUAGUCCGUCGCACACGACGCUUUCUCCCCUAUUCGUUAUCGGCAGAAUUUUUGUCUCACUGCCAUUAGGAGAAUGAUAUUAAUUCGUACGUUUCGAUUAAUCGCUUGUGAAAAUAAGGAGGUUACAAGAAAAGUCGUAAGUUGCACCCUCUGCGCUGCACAUGAUCAUUGUUACAGAUGAAUUUUGUGUAUGAAUCGUUGCGAAUCGAGGAGGAUCUUUUGUCAGUUUCUCCUCCGUGAGCCGUCUGACAAAGAAGAAAGAAGGUAAAAAGGAAGAACGAAGGUGAAGGAAGGAGGUGAAUUUCUUUUCUCUCGUAGAAGAUUUGCGACCGCGCGCGGCGCGUACAUUGUAAUUAUACAUAUUACCUUAUUUGUUGAGCGACAGAUAUAUAGAAAUGUACAUUGUCAUUAUUAUUUUCUACGGAUUAAGGAAUCAUAAUAAAUGAAUCGCAUAAUCGAA